UGAACUCUUCAAACAACAACACAGGAAGUCGGUUCGAUGAUGAUUCACGAAGGUUCAAGAAUGUAAACAAUGAAUUAGAUAAACGUGACGGGUUACUGAAUUCGCUUAGUCAGUUUGAAUCACGAUCAUAGGAUAAUUUAGGUGUAUCGUUGUCAUUCACCAAAUUUGUUAAGAAUGAGAGUUGACAUCAUGAGAUUUCCACAAUAUUCGGAUUUUUUCUCGGAUCCACCUUUUGGAUUUGACUUAUUUCACAGACGAAGGCAAAAUUAUGAUGCUGCUGUGAGAGAGAUUCCGGUCCAGUUUGACCCAUUUUCAUCUCUCCAUACUUUCAGACAGAAUCGGGCUACAGAUAACAGAUCAGCGUUCAGUGAUUUUGAUGGAGAUAUUCCGGAGGAUUUUUGGGAACCAGUCAUUCGGCAGGAUAAAGAGGCUUCCAAAACGUCCAACACCUAUAAAAAGUUGAAGAAAGACAGAAAACAGCUAGAGGAGACAAGCCCAGCUUUCCUUUACUUGUCUGAUGAUGAAUCCUGUGAUAUCAAUAAUAGUGGUGUGUCCACAAAGAGCCGUCGUAAAAGUUUGUCCAGGUCCAUUAAGAAAAGUCAGGACGCCAAGGCAGACGAAUUCAGAUCUUCUAUACCAGGCACAUGUGCUGGAUCUUUGCAGGCUGUAACAAAUAUAAAAAAGCCCAAAAUUGGUGUUAGUCAUACAGCAGAUGAAGAAUUAGAGAAAGCCUGUGAUUACAAGUCAACACUUGAGACUGGUCAGAGUAAACCAGAGUGUAUAGAAGUAGAUUCAUUAGAAGAAGCUGUUGAUUAUCAAGAUCUGUGUGACUUCUUUGGGUGUGAUGGAAGCACGACUCAACCUGAGACAUCCACUAAAAGUUCUAGUUCUUCAAAUAUACUUCCAACUCCUAGCUAUCCAGCUUAUGAUAUCAUCAGGACAAUCCUGAAGAAAGAAAACAGAUGUAUAGACUAUAUUGAAGGCGAUGGAAAUUGUUUCUUCAGAUCUCUUAGUAAAGUCAUAUAUGAAUCGGAGUCAUGUCACAGCGAGCUCCGCCAAGCGGUGGUUGAUUUAUUGGAGAAGUUCCCAAGGGAAUUUGAACAGUUCAUUGAUGGAUCUGUGCAUGAACAUAUUAAAUCAAUGCGAAAGCCUGGAACAUGGGCCACGCAGACAGAAAUAUAUGUAGCUGCGACCCUACUACAGCGAGAUGUGUACGUCCUUUCUCCUGACCACACGGGUGAAGUUUACAGAUGGCUUCUUUUCUCGCCAAGAUUCUCGUACAAGGAGGCAUCAGUGUAUGAUCGGUGCUAUCUUACCCUGUGCCACACCAAUGGCAAUCAUUACGACAGGAUUGCGUCCGUUGACAAGAAAUGUAACUGUGGUGUUCCUCCACCUCGAAUGAUGGGAAUACAGGGGGCAGUGGAUCUUACAGAGGAAGUUGUUUAAUUUCAAUUUCCUGUUUGUGCAAUAUAAUUUGAAUGUACUUGUACCUAUAUUUCAUUAUGUGCCAAAAUUCAAAGCACCUGUAUUCUAUAUUUUUGUUCAGCACGACUACAAGCAGUGGUAGUAUUUUGUACAGUAUUGUUCUUGUUAUCAAUAAAUUAUUCAUAAUAAUGUA